UCAGUAACUGCAGCCGUCCCAGUUGAAUUAACGGAGCCCAAAAUCGCCCAUGCACCGGAUUCACAGACUUUAUCAUGCUACAUCAUUUGUCUCGGACUGAUGACCAUUGCAGAUCUCUGGUUUAAUAAAUGCAGAAGCGCUCUUUUGUGUGAUGGGUCCAAACUACCGAUGCAUAAGGCUGAGGCAGAAGUUACUAUUCAAACUAUCACCAUUUAAAUGGACUGUAGAUGUAAGUGAUCUGUCUUUUCCUCUGUGCAGUUUGACAUGAUGGUACAGCUGGACUGCGGCAUUAAAGUUUUGGGACCAGCACGUUUCUCUCUCUGCUUUGUGAUAACAGCUGGACUUCUGUCCAUGUUCGAGAGCACAACAGCUAGCGCAUAUAAUCAAGACACAGAUAGUUCUCCUAAUGGAUUUCCUAACUACGAAGUUGUUCAUCCUAUCAGAGUAGAUUCAUCUGGACAUUUUUUGUCCAAUCAUGUGUCCCACCAUGUGAGUCGAAUUCAAAGGAGAGAGACAUCAAAAAACAAAGAAAGCCUGGCCAAGGUUUUUUACCAUCUGCAGUUUGGUGGUCAAGACCUGCACUUUAACCUCACCCUAAACCCUCAUCUGCUAGCACCUGGAUUCCUCACAGAGUGGAGAUACGGUGGUCUGCAAGGGUCUACAUUAAAUAGCCAUGGUCACUCUCUUUGCUUCUUCCUGGGAGAUGUCUGGAGCAGUACACUGAAGUGGGGUCAAGCAGCUCUGAGCACUUGCAAUGGCCUGACAGGGCUGUUCAAGCUCUCAGAAGAGGAAUUCUUCAUUAGUCCUCUGGAGUCAGCACAAGAAAAGUCAGUUCCACAGACUCAUGCAGUCUAUAAGCGGCAGGCUGUCCAAUCAGAACACCAGCUGCUGCAGCCACUGCUUGGGGAGCACACAGCUAACAUGACUUGUUGGGUCAGAGGAGGGGCAAAGCAGGUGGAAAGGCAAAGAGAUCGCUGGGAGAGACGGCAACAUCGCAGACGUAUUAGACAGCGCUCCAUAAGCACUGAGAAGUGGGUAGAGACUCUGGUAGUGGCUGACCCUAAAAUGGUGGAAUACCAUGGGAGCAAAGGAGUUGUGAGCUAUGUGCUCUCUGUCAUGAAUAUUGUGGCAGGGUUAUUUCGGGAUGCCAGCAUUGGAAAUGCAAUCAACAUCGCUGUCGUGCGUCUCAUUCUGCUGGAGAAGGAUGAGGAGGAUUUGAAAAUUAUGCAUCAUGCUGACAACAGUCUGAACAGCUUUUGUAAGUGGCAGAAAGGCAUCAAUAUGAAGGAUGAUGAUCAUCCAGCCCAUCAUGAUGUGGCUGUCCUCAUUACUAGAAAAGACAUUUGUGCCGCCAUCAAUAAGCCUUGUGAGACAUUGGGAUUGUCUCAUGUGGCUGGAAUGUGCCAACCUCACCGCAGCUGCAGCAUCAAUGAAGACACAGGCCUGACCCUGGCAUUUACAAUCGCACACGAGCUUGGCCACAACUUUGGGAUUCAGCAUGAUGGGAAUGGCAAUGACUGUGAGCCUAUUGGGAAAAGACCUUUCAUCAUGUCUCCACAGCUCCUGUAUGGAAACUCUCCACCCAACUGGUCACGCUGUAGCCGUGAAUACAUCACGCGCUUCCUCGAUCGAGGCUGGGGCUGGUGUUUGGAUGACCCUCCUGUCAGAAACGAUCUUGAGAUGCACUCUGCUCCCCCUGGAGUCCUAUACAGCGCUGCUCAUCAGUGCAAGCUCCAGUAUGGAUCCAGCUCAAUGCUCUGUGAUGAUGUAGAUAAUAUCUGCAGCACCCUGUGGUGCACAGUGUCCUCAACCUGCCACUCGAGGCUGGAUGGUGCUGUGGAUGGGACCAAGUGCGGUGAGGGCAAGUGGUGUUUUGACGGGGAGUGUGUGGAGGUGGGCCUCCAGCCUAAAAGCGUGAAUGGUGGCUGGGAUUCAUGGAGUGAGUGGUCCAGGUGCACCAGGACAUGCGGUGUAGGCAUUCAGAAUGCCCAGAGGGAGUGUGUCAACCCUGUGCCCAAUUAUGGAGGUAAAUACUGUCUUGGAGAGCGCCGCAGAUAUCGAACCUGUAACCGUGACCCCUGCCCUGUGGACGAGCCCAGCUUCAGACACAUCCAGUGCAGCCGCUUUAACACAAUCCCAUAUAAGGGAAAGUUUUAUAAAUGGAUACAUGUAAAUAACAGAGUUAAUCCGUGUGAGCUGCACUGUAGACCUGUGAAUGAGCACUUUUCCGAGAGGAUGCUGGACACUGUCAUAGACGGAACACAGUGCUAUGAAGGCAGUCAGAGCCAUGACAUAUGCAUUAACGGCAUUUGUAAGUACUUAGGCUGUGAUUAUGAGAUUGACUCGGACGCUGUUGAGGAUCAGUGUGGAGUGUGCCAUGGAAAUGGAUCUACGUGUGAAACAGUGAGGAAGACCUAUAAGAACAGUGAAGGGCUCGGGUAUGUAGACAUAGGUCUAAUUCCGGAAGGAGCACGGGACAUCCAUAUAGAGGAAGUUGCAGAGGCUGGGAACUACUUGGCAUUGCGCAGCAAUGACCCUGAAAUAUAUUUCCUGAAUGGUGGCUGGACGAUCCAGUGGAAUGGCGAGUAUAAAGCAGCAGGAACAGUAUUUACUUACGAAAGGACUGGGCAGCUGGAAAAUCUAUCUUCCCCCGGACCGACUCUGGAGCCAGUGUGGAUUCAGCUGCUUUUUCAAGAGACCAAUCCAGGGGUGAGGUAUGAGUACACCAUAAGCAGAGACAUUCUUGUCGACUCCAACAAUGGCACUGCUGUCUCUUAUUUCCAGUGGAUUUAUGGGGCUUGGACUGAAUGCAGUGCCACAUGUGGAACUGGUGUGCAGAGGCAAGUUGUGCACUGUGUGGAGAGAACAUCUGGAAUUGUUGAGGAACAUUACUGUGAUCCAUCUACUAGGCCGGAUGACAAGCAAAGCAACUGUAAUAAGGGGGCAUGUCCUGCCAUAUGGUGGGUUGGAGAGUGGCAGAAGUGCUCAUCUAGCUGUGGGGACAUUGGGCUUAGUAAGAGAACGGUGCUGUGUAUUCAGAGCCUUGGGCUGGAUGAGCAACAAGCGCUUCAGCCAGCUGAAUGUCAACAUUUGCCUAAGCCUGAGUCAAUUGUUCGGUGUAACACACAUGUGUCCUGUCCUGCUGACUGGACCACUGGAAGCUGGUCAGAGUGUUCAGUGAGCUGUGCUGCUGGUUUCCAAAUACGUGAUGUGACCUGCAGCUGGAAUACUGAUACGGACUGUGAUCCAAAAGUCAAGCCUAAUUCAACUAUGCCAUGCUAUCUUCAGGACUGCCCCAUACAUUCGGACACCUUUGGCAAUGACUGGUCAGGAAGUGGAGCAUCCAGCAAAGAAUUUCUCAAUGAGAUUAAAGUUAUACCCCACUUUAGUACUACUAAAAAUCAGCCCAUGGGCAAUGUUGACCUCAAUGACAUUAUAGAAGAUGAUUUUUCACAUUAUAGUCAUGUUGAAAAGUCCUCUGACAAUUCUAUUGUGAAAAAUCUUCAAGUUGAUGAUUUUUAUUACGACUACAAUUUUAUAAGAUUCCAUGAGGAUCUGUCAUACGACUUUGAUAAAGAUGAAAAUGAUAUGUUUGAUAACUCAGGAAUAAAACAUGGAGACAUUACUCUUACAGGGACAGAUGUCCCUAUAACUACCUCAUCGCCAUCCACCACUGCGGACCAACACAGUACCACCAUGCAUUCUGACAGCAUUACAGUCAAGGGUACAGAAGGUCAUGAACCUCAGAAGAAAGACAUACUAGAUGAAAAUAAUGAUGAGCUAUUUGCUGAGGAUUACUUCCUGCCUGUCAUUACAACAAUUGAACCAUCUUCUGCAGUUACCAGGUUAUUUAGCAAAUGGAAGGACAAUGAUAGUGACUUCAGUAUUACAAGGAAACCUCCAUCAACUGCAUAUGUGUCCACUCAGGACAAGAAGAUAUUAUCAUAUGAAACUGAGCCAAACAUAUUUUUGACUCCGGACCCACAUACAAAUUCAAACUCAAAUAACCAUGACAUUUACAUAGGCGAUAAAAAAGAUAAAACCAUAAUGGCAAUAACUGAAGUUGAGAAUGAAGAGGAGUUUGGCGAGGAUGUUCCUGGAGGUGAAAGUGAACUACACCAUGGCAUUCAAAAUUAUGAACAUCCUUUAGAUUAUGUGUUUAAGUUUGAAACUUAUGAGAACAGACAUGUUCAUAUUCCCACUACUCCAUUACAAUGGCGUACGGCCUCACCAACAGUCUCACUGAGUGCGACUUCUCAACCAUUGGAGCUUCUCAGCAGUGCUUCUAGUGAUGAUUUUGCAAAACAUAAAGUUCUGAGUGAACCAUCAUUUAACACUAAGGAGAGUGAAUUCACUGUAAGAGAGUUCACUACGACCUCAGAUAGCCUUUCUCAAGAGUAUGUUCCUUUUCCAUCUUCCUCUGUUCCAGCCAAACAUUACAGUAACAUGGCCUCAGCAGCUGGAACAACAGCUCUACCUCCUACAGAAAUGGAAAGUGAUUUUGAGCCUCCACUCUUCACUCCAAGUGAUAUUCUGGACACUACAGUUGCUACAGAGACUCAACAUUGGUAUUCCAGAGCCAGUGCACCACCCAAAACUAAUGGGCCUAGAAUAGAUCCUUGGGGAACUCCGGUCCACUUGACAGAGAUUGACAACAAUGAGAUUAUUAUUGCCCGAAUGCCAAGACCUGCUGGGCUUAAUCCCUCUCUGUCUACUCCUUCUGAGCAGCCAUCUCAGGACACUAGCAGUGAGCAUUCAGUGCAUUAUUUUAGCCCUGCGAUGCCCACUGGGCUUUUCAUGCCUUCUCUUUCCCCAUCAGCCUCCCCUGCACACUGGAAAAAAGGAAACUGGAGUGCUUGCUCAACAAGUUGCGGGCUUGGUGCCAUCUGGAGGUCAGUGUCCUGCAGCACUGGUGAUGAAUCAGACUGUGACCUAGCUACUAGGCCAGUGCCAGCGCGCCGCUGCUACCUUCGUCCCUGCUCUGCAUGGAAAAUUGGAGAGUGGAGUAAAUGCUCGAAGAAUUGUGGUGUCGGAAUGAAGGUCAGAGAGCUUCAGUGUUAUGACACACGAGAUCAGAGGUUGUUGCGGCCAUUUCAUUGCCAGGCCACCUCCCCCAGACCUCCUGUCCGAAUUCCUUGUAACAUUCACAACUGUUUAGAGUGGUACACAUCUUCUUGGGGGCAGUGUUCAGAGCUGUGUGGAGGUGGGGAGCAGCAGAGGCUAGUCACCUGCCCUGAAACUGGGAAAUGUGAUGAAGAUCUACAGCCCAGCAACAUCCAGACUUGCAAUGUCCAUCCAUGCCACCAGUGGAUUACUGGAUCCUGGGGUCAGUGUUCGGUGUCCUGUGGAGGAGGUGUUCAGCGCCGACUGGUUAAAUGUGUCAACACUAAGGCCGAGCCCGAGGAUGAAUAUGAACAUGUUGAUUGUGAUCAUGAACCUCGACCAAAGAACACAAAGAAAUGUAACAUUCUUGACUGUGACAGCGCCCCCUCUGGUCAGUUGUGUUUACAAGACCAUUUGCCAUUACGCUUCUGUCAGACCCUCAAGUGGCUCGGGCAAUGUCAAGUGCCUUCAGUCCAUGUAAAGUGCUGCAAGACCUGCGGGCUGCCAUCAAGGGGCAAUGAUCGCAUUGCAAGUCGCUGAGAUGCAGGGGGAUUGCAGAAUGAAUGUUGUAAGCCAUGGAAAAAAAUAUUACACAAAUACUCAAAGCAGCUAUGGACCAAUCCAUCGUUGGAAAAACUGGUCUGGUCUGGUCAAGCUGUUGCCAUUGACCAACAGUUCGUCAGGGAGCUACUUUAUCCCUACAUACAGUACACAUACAGUAAGAGGUGCUUAUUUUCGCCCAUCAUCUCAGAUAAGUGGUAGUAAAACAGUUAAGUGGAACAUCUUGCCAGCUCACUAUAGACUGAUGCAGGGAUGGUAUAUUUUUAGCAUGUAGAGUUAGCAUUUUAGCUCUUCUGGUUCUGUCGUCCUUAAGUCAGUAGGUUUAUUGAAUUAUGUUUUUGUAAAUGCCUGAAAUAAGGUUUAUGGUUCACACAAGCACAUUAUAUUUUCAUGUUUUAUUCAAUGGCUUAAAUACAUCAGUAAAACCCACUUAUGAUUUUACUUCUACUCGUCUUGAAAAGGUUGGUUGCUAAGAAGAGGCUAAAUGGGACUGCAUUAAAUGUCAUCACACCAAAAAAAAACAAAAAAAAACAAAACUCAUCUGCUCACUAACCAGCUUUCAAAACCUUGUCAUGUUUAUAAAUGGGAUCUUGCAAACUGUUCUACUUUCAGGGAUUUUUUAAAGAGUUGUCAGAAGCUCAGUGGUGAUUCUGAAGUCAUGAGACUACAAAGUAGUUUUUUUAUUGCCUACAUAACUUUUACUUCUGACAAAGAGAGAAUUAAACAUGUAAGAAUCUAACAUUUAUUGGUCACAGAACUUAUUUCCUGCAAUAAUAUAAAAGCAGAUGGAAAAAUACAGCCGCUUUUUUGUCAAGGGUGAUGCUAAUUUCCAGGUCAACCCACAAAAAUAUGUCUGGUAUAGUAAUUAAAUAUUUUUUUUCUUAUUAGCAUUUGACAGAACAAAUAUAUUCAUAAUUUGGCUAUUUGAAUCUUUUUUUUUUUUAAACUCUGUCAGGAAUUUAUGAUUGCAGUUCGAGUAUCAGAACCACAGAUAACCACAAAGCAAGAGCGCAAUUCCACAUAAUUGCAAGUUUGCAGAUGUUUUUAUUUAUUGAAGCUGAUAGCAGAUCAGAUGUAAAACCAGUAAUGAAGUACCUGGUGCUGCAACAUAAAACGGUGCUAAAGGUAGCGAGCGCUAAGCUCCUCGCUCAGUCUAGUGUUGGCUGGUACUUGAAUUCUAUACACACUAUUUAUAGUACCUUAAUUUUAUAUGUCUGUAUUACCCUUUGGAUUAAUAAACCUACACAGAAUAAUAGAUCAGUGUACCACUUUUCGAAAUGUAUACAACAUAGAAUAGCUUAAUGUCUGCUUUCAUAAAAUAUAAAGGAUUUCUUUUUAAUGCAGUCAUUGUAUUACUCUAGUGUAUAAAAUGAGAUACAACUGUUAGAAAAACUCAUUAUGUUUGUCAAGUACAUGAAAUAUUACACUAAGUAAAUGUUUAGUAUGGUUGUUUUUACUUUUUUUAAUAAUACAUGACCACUAACUGUGCAUUCAUUCUUGAGAUGCGAUCACAUCUGUGAAAUUUCUGCAAAGUUUUGUGGACAAAAAAGGUCUAUUAUUAAUAGUGUAGUAAUGUACAGUAUGAAGCUCAGUUCACACAGAGCAAUAUGUCAUUGAAAUUUCACAGACAAAAAGGGUCAAUUUUUAUGUCUAUAUUAAAGAUAUGAAGCACAGCUAACAUAAAAAUUACUUUCAAACCAAGCUUUUUCUUGGUUAUACUUCUUUUCUGUUUCUCAUCACAGCAACUUCAGUGUAAAACUCCAGAUUGUGCAGAUUCCCAUUUAAAUGAUUGCAUAUCUCAAUGGACGCCCAUUUCUGCCACAAAGAAAUAAAAAAAGGUAAUUGUGACUUUUUAUCUCACAAUUCUGACUUUUUUCUCAGAAUUGCAUGAUACAAACUCACAGUUCAGACUUUUUCUCAGAAUUGUGUAAUAUAACUCACAAUUGCGAGUUAAAAAGUAAUAUUGUGAGAUAUAAAGUUGCAAUUAUGAGACAU